CACAUCACCACAAUAGCCUGUCACGAGUUUUCAGGCCAAUAAUCCAAUCGAUCAAAAUGGCGUGGCUGGCACUGUCUGAGGAGAGCAAGGAGCGCCUUGCACGAGUUAUCGACUUCUCCAGAAUAGCGGUCCAUUAUGGCUACCUCCCUUUGAUCAUCUAUCUCGGAUACACACGAAGCAACCCGAGACCUUCCCUCAUCCGCCUUUUCUCUCCGCUUGCACAAUAGACGAUGGCUGCCGUAAAAGACGAAAGAUGUAUUAUCAAUGGCAUGGAUACCAGGCUUGGGAUAGGCAUGAGCUGGGAAGUGCAUAGCAAGGCGUUACGGAGCUGCCUUCUGUACAGAUACCACAUCAAUCACCACUGUUGAAGCAUUGAAACGAGAACUCUUCGACCCGCAUUAGCUGACGAGCGAUGGAGGACGCGGAGUGACCCGUCCAAGCCAAUAAUCAAAUCAGCAUGUUAGGACACCAGGAUCGCCAAGUGUGCAGGAGAGAACCACAAAUGGGUGACCAUCUCAUCACUAGUCAAUUCGAAGAGUAUGCUUCAAACCACUCAC